UACUCAAGAGGGUCCUGAUGACAUCACAUCCUCUCCAAAGAGCGACGCAGCCUCCCAAUUCAAGUGAGAAAGAUCACUUCUGCUCCGCCGCACCGUCCCCGAGGACAGUCACAUCUCAGAGAUGGCCGGGUCCCCUGCGCUGCUCCUUCUGCUCUCUCUGGGGCUCUGCUGCCCUGGGAUCCAUGGCCAGAGGUAUGAGAUAAAGGUCAAGUUUCAGAACAGCCACAUCACGCAUCCCCGGGUGGGACAGAGGCUGGAGCUGGAGUGCCUGACCACCAAUGAUGACAGUGGCGUAUUCUGGGUCCGCCAGAACAAGGGUGGGACCCUUCAUUUCAUUGUCUUCAUCUCCUCACUGUCCCGGACCACCUUCGAGGGGAAUGAGAGGACAUCCACACGCUUCGAGGCGAGGAAAGACGGCAGGUCCUACCGGUUGGUAGUGAAGUCUUUCAUGUCCCGGGAUGAGGGGAACUAUUUCUGCCUCAUGAACAUCAACCAAGCACUGUACUUCAGCCCUGGCCAGCCUGCCUUCUUCCCAGUCACCACCACAGCAGCACCCACUGCACCAGCACCCACCACCCAGAGUGCCAUCACCAAAAAGGACCCCUGCCUGAAGACCUCGGAUUCAGAGACCAUCAGGGAGAAAGAGAUGAAUUUCUUCUGUGACAUCUUCAUCUGGGUUCCCUUGACAGGCGCCUGCGUCCUGCUCCUCCUUGCCCUGGCAAUCACCAUCGUGCUGUGUCAACAAACCAGAAGACGAAGAUGCAGAUGUAAAAGACCUGCGAAUAAGAAGCCCAAUGUGGAACCUAGAAUGCCAAGACAACACAUAUAAGCAUCUGCACCUUCUGGCUUCUGGAUCGUCUUCUUUGAGCUGUGACUGCAUAAACCCAUCACCUACAUUAUCUAUA